ACUCAUCAGCUCCCCUCUCGGCCGUAAGGCCACUGUCCUGGCUCACGAUGUCCUCCCUCCCCCCCUACCCUGUUGAACACGCGAGUCGGUAUUACGAGAGACGUAACCCUCAAUUUACCUAUGGCACACCGGUAGAUGCAACUCCCGCGGGCAAGACCUGGGUUGAAGGGGAGAAAGGGGGUUGGACCGUGGUAGAUACCGCUACCGAAGACCCAAGGUGGUACCGCCUGAUGAUCAGCGGAAUUGUCCCUCGGCCUAUCGCGUUUGUCUCUACGGUCUCAGAUUCGGGCGUAGAGAAUCUAGCGCCUUUCAGCUGGUUCAACAUGGUUUCUCACUAUCCGCCUCUGGUAUCUUUUUCUAUCCGGGACGAUGGCCCAAGAGUCAAGGAUACCGAAGCAAAUAUCAAAACCAUGAAGGGCUUUGUUGUUAACAUUAUGAGUACGCCGUCCGCCGAACAGGCCGACAUAACCUGCAUCGACACUCCUCCCGAAGUGAGCGAGUGGCAGCUGAGUGGGUUGACGAGGGCACCGAGUAUUCACGUCAAAGCGCCGCGCAUAAAGGAGAGCGCGUUCAGCAUGGAAUGCGAGCUCUACCAGAUGACUGCCAUCGUCCACCCCGACACGGGCGUACAGUCUGCUACCCUUGUGCUUGGCCUCGUGAAGAAGAUUCAUGUUCGAAACGACGUCCUCCUCGAUCGUCACUCUGAAACGAAUCCGGGCCAGGUCGUGAAGCUUGUCGACCCGAUAAAGCUCAAUCCCGUCGCUCGCAUGGGGGAUAUCACAUACACGAGCUGCGGGCCGCUGUAUAGGAUUCCGAGGCCCGUGUGGGCUUCGGAGAAGGAGAAGGCCGAAGGGCUCAUCGCCGCGGGUGACGGCAAGGCUCAGACAGCCAUUUCUAGUGAGGCGUAAUGGUGUGUCAUGGAUAAGACACAUGUAUCAAUUGUUAUGUGAAUCAGAAGUAGAUGGAAUAUGCUCAAGUCUUGUCCAGAACUACUGCCAUAUUCACGGCUGUGCACCCUUAAAGAUGCUUGCAGACGAUGAUCCGGUGCUUAAUAUAAUUAUGAGCCGACUAUCGUAGGCAGGAUGCUUUCGGCGAGGAUUCCGCCUAUGGACAGAUAUUUUUGCGCAUUUAACGGGAUGCUCGAUGCUUUUACAUGCU